CCGGAAUCACCGUCCAAGAGGAUUCUAGCUCUCUCAUCAAGGCUGCCACAUCCCCAGACAUCACAGCCCACAGCUCACAGCUCAUAGAAGACAUUUCCCUCGCGCCUCUGCUCUUUUGGUCUCUCCUGCUUUCUCUCUCCUUCCCUCCCCUCCCCUACCUAUCUUGUGUCUUGAGAUCAUGAAGCUCGCCGUCCUGAUCGCGACGACCGCGGGUCUCGCCGCGGCCCUGCCGCAGGGCGUGGCUCGUCGCGGCGUCGGGCGGCCGCUGCACCACUCGGGGCCCAACAUCCGGAACACGACGUACCCGCAGUACUCGUCCAACUGGGCGGGAGCGGUGCAGAUCGGGACCGGGUUCACGUCUGUAUACGGGACGAUCACGGUGCCGUCGGUGCACGACAGGAACCCGAACGCGGCGGCGUCGGCCUGGGUGGGCAUCGACGGCGACACGUGCCAGCAGGCGAUCCUGCAGACGGGCGUCUCCUUCUACGGCGACGGCUCGUUCGACGCCUGGUACGAGUGGAUCCCCGACUACGCCUACUCCUUCUCCAACUUCCGCCUGAGCGCGGGCGACCAGAUCCGGAUGAGCGUCGAGGCGUCGUCCAAGAGGGCCGGCGUGGCCACGCUCGAGAACCUCAGCACCGGCCAGAAGGUCUCGCACACCUUCACCAGCACCCCGUCCACCCUGUGCGAGACCAACGCCGAGUGGAUCGUCGAGGACUUCCAGGAGGGCAGCAGCCUGGUCCCCUUUGCCGACUUUGGUACCGUCACCUUCACAGACGCAUACGCCACCGGCUCCAGCGGCACGGUCACCCCCUCGGGCGCCACCAUCAUCGACAUCAAGCAGGGCAACGAGGUGCUCACGAACUGCGCCACCAGCGGCUCGGACCUGACCUGCUCGUACACCGGCUAAACUGGCCGCUCUGGGCAUGAUUCUAGCAGCGAGUGACGGGCUCGGGGCUUGGGGGUUGUUCCUUGCUACGAACUGCUUAAUUACUGGUUGGUGGUUAUGGU